UCUUCUUCCUGUUUGAGUUUUUGGCCCAGAGAAAAGUGGACUUUCUGUCUUUGAAAUCAUCUCUUUACAUAUACAGCAACAAAUUUUCAAGGGUUUUUAUUUCUUUGAGAUGUUGGCAUAGGUAUUACUACUAUGAUGAUCUGAAGAGAGAGAGCGAGAGAGAGAGGGAUAUAUAUAUAGAGAGAGAGAGAGUGUGUUUUGUUCUUGCAUGGCUAGCCAAAGACUUGGAGAGGCAGCCUUGUCUGAGUCUGGACCUUCACACCAUCAUCACCACAUUCCGUAUUCGCUGCCCCACAUGCUUCACCACCCGAAUACGAGUUUCAUAAGAAAUCAAGAAGGAUCUGCGUUUGAUUUUGGAGAGCUGGAAGAGGCUAUAGUUCUCCAGGGAGUGAAGAUCAACAAUGAUGAGACAAAACAACCUUUAUACACCACAGUCAGGCCUGCAGCAACUCUGGAAAUGUUCCCUUCUUGGCCUAUGAGAUUCCAGCAACAUACCCCAAGAGGAAGCUCAAAAUCAGGAGAAGAGAGUACUGAUUCCGGAUCAGCUGUCAACACACUUUCCACCACUAGGUUGGAGCCUGACUCUCCCAUCAGCAGAAAGACAUCUUCAGACCACCGCCUUCCGCCGCCGCAAAUGGACACCGGAAGUGGAGUUGAUAGCCCAAGAACAGGUGGUUCACAGACUCAACCAGCUGCCAAACAAGCUCCAGAAAAGAGAAGGGGACCUGGUUCUAAUUCAGAGAAAGUUCUGGAUGCCAAGACAUUGAGAAGAUUAGCUCAAAAUAGGGAAGCAGCAAGGAAAAGCAGGCUUAGGAAGAAGGCUUAUGUACAGCAGCUAGAAUCAAGCAGGAUUAGGCUCACUCAGCUGGAACAAGACCUUCAGAGGGCACGGUCACAGGGACUUUUCUUAGGAGGAGGUGGGGUUGCAGGUGGCAAUAUUAGCUCUGGUGGUGCAAUAUUUGACAUGGAAUACGCACGGUGGUUAGAGGAUGACCAUAGGCAUAUGUCCGAGCUUCGAACCGCAUUGCAAGCUCACUUAUCCGAUGGUGAUUUGAGGGUAAUAGUGGAUGGAUACAUUGCUCAUUACGAUGAGAUCUUUCGGCUGAAAGGGGUUGCCGCUAAAUCCGAUGUCUUCCACCUGAUUACCGGAAUGUGGACUACACCCGCCGAGCGAUGUUUUCUUUGGAUGGGUGGUUUCCGCCCGUCCGAUCUAAUUAAGAUGCUAAUUACGCAAUUAGAUCCGUUAACGGAGCAGCAAGUUAUGGGGAUUUACGGUCUGCAGCAGUCCUCACAGCAAGCUGAGGAGGCGCUUUCACAGGGUCUUGAACAACUACAACAGUCGUUGAUCGAUACUAUAGCAAAUGGUUCUAUUAAUGACAGCAUGCAUCACAUGGCUGUUGCAUUGGGGAAGCUUUCAAAUCUUGAAGGCUUUGUCCGACAGGCUGAUAACCUAAGGCAACAAACACUUCACCAACUUCGCCGUAUUUUGACAGUCCGGCAAGCCGCUCGAUGCUUCCUAGUAAUCGGAGAGUACUAUGGUCGGUUACGAGCUCUUAGCUCUUUAUGGGCGUCUCGGCCAAGAGAGACGUUAAUCGUGGACGAUAGUUCUUGUCAGACGACUACGACGGAUCUGCAGAUGGUACAAUCGUCUCAGAACCAGUUCUCCAACUUCUGAUCAAUGCGUAUGAGUGUCUUGAUUAUUAGAUGAUGGAUAUGGGUUCAUGCUGUUGUCCCCCAGCAUUUGAGGUUGUCUAGGCUACUCUUAAUUAGAGAAGAUAUAUAAGAGUUUUCUUCUAUAAUUUUGUUCUAGGUUUUUAUUGUUUUCUUUUUCUUAUACUAUAAUCAUGUCCUCUUGUAAAUGUAAAUCAAUAUUUAUGCAAAUUAUCUUCUUUAAA